UUAUAAUUGAAAAGUGGAUUUAAAACCUUUCUGUAUAUAUUCGAACCAAAACAAAUUGAAAGUUGGAAAUUUUCAUUUUGGCGCCAUGGAAGACGAUUCACUUCAAAACCAUUUAGGAUCUGCUCCUCCACAUGUAGAAGGAAUGGAUUCGGUAGUGGCGACCGUGAGCGGUUAUCAAGGUUCUGAGAGAUUCAAUCUAAUCAAACUGAUUGAUCGCACCGGAGCUAGUUAUGUCGGAAAUAUGAGCCAGUCUGUUACACAUUUGGUGUGCUGGAAAUUUGAAGGCAGGAAAUAUGAGCUUGCGAAGAAGCUCAGGAUACCGAUCGUUAAUCAUUGCUGGUUUGAGGAAUGCUUAAAGCAAGGAAGGCGUGUUUUGGCGGAGCCAUAUUCCUAUAGUAGCGGAGAAGAAAUGGGACCUUUGGCUAUGGAUAUCCAGGCAAAGGCUCAAUCAAAAGACUUGAAGAAUGGUAAAAGAUCUUUGGUUGCUGAACGUGAAGACAUAAAUGAUGGCAGUUGCAAGAAUUCAAUCCUUUUAGAUGAGGAUCUAUUUCCUAAGAAGAGGCAGAAAGAUCAUGGUUCCAGUAGAUCAAAAGGAAAAGCAAUCAAAAGUUAUUCAAGGAAGGAUUGUCCUAGUAGCAGCCAUGAAAAAUUACCAACAACGAAGACAAUGAAGCUUGAAGAAGCUAGCACAUCACGUCCUGCAUAUUCUUGCAGACUGGGAAAGAGGAACUCCACUUCUCCAGAAUCUUGGUCCAAGGGUCGUAGGCUGGUGAAAAAGUGUACAAGUUUGAAGGAUUGGUUAAUACAUUCAGAUGUGGAGGAAGAAUGUGAGGAGGUUCAAGUUUUACCUGAGAUUAAAAGCCGUAGAGUUUUGGUUGAUAGUUCAGAGGAUGAAGUUUUACCUGAGAUUAAAAGCCGUAGAGUUUUGGUUGAUAGUUCAGAGGAUGAAGUUUUACCUGAGAAUGAAAGCCGUAGAAUUUUGGUUGAUAGUUCAGAGGCCGAAGUUUUGCCUGAGAAUGAAAGCCGUAGAGUUUCGGUUGAUAGUUCAGAGGAAGAAGUUUUACCUGAGAAUGAAAGCCGUAGAGUUUUGGUUGAUAGUUCGGAGGAUCAAAGGCACCGAGUUACUAAUAGGCAUACAUCUGAUAUGAGGACUUUGAAUGGUUUAAAUAGCACUGAUGCGUAUGAUACUGUUCAAGAUAUUGAGCAUUUAGAUGGCGAUCAAAUUGAGAAUCUUGAAUCUGUAAAUCAGGAAAAUCCAAAUUCACAUGCUUGUGUUACACCAUCUUCCUUUACAACUCCAGAAAAGCUUCAUGAAGCUUCUAACCAGGGUUCAACUGAAGAAAGCUUACCUCCCGCGUCAACUGAGUUGUCAUGUGUUAUAUGCUGGACGGAUUUCAGUUCUACUCGUGGAGUGCUGCCAUGUGGUCACCGAUUUUGUUUUUCGUGCAUCCAGAACUGGGCUGAUCAUAUGAAUUCAAGUAGAAAGACUUCUACAUGUCCUUUGUGCAAAGCUAGUUUCAUGUGCAUCACUAAAGUGGAAGAUGCUGCUUCCUCAGAUCAGAAAAUAUAUUCCCAGAAUAUGCCAAAAGAUAGUUCGAAAACGAAUCUGUAUGUUCUUCCUAAUGAAACAUAUAAUCUUCCUGCCAAUGUAUCAGCAUCAACAGCAGUUUGUUACCUAUGCUUGGGUAGAGAACCAGAGGAGCUUCUUGCUAGUUGUCAUUUCUGCACGAAUCAAUGGGUUCAUUCAUUCUGCCUUGAUCCACCACUGUUUCCAUGGACUUGCGCGCAUUGCCAGGACCUCCAGUUUCUUUACCGUCGCAACCGCUAGCUCACCUACAUGCGUUGCACUUUCGAUAACGAUGGAAAUGUAUUGUUUCCAUCCUAGACUCUUGAUAUUUCCCUCCAAAUUCAUCCGCUUUUAUAUUAUAGACAUGGAUAAGUUCACCAGUUCUUGGCUUUGUCUGCCUUUAAUAUUUUCACAGAAACAAAGUAGGUAUAUAAUGCUUGAAGGUUCUAUUUUGAAA